AUGGCUGAUUCUAAUAGUUUAGCAGUGGGUUUAGCUGUGGGGGUACCUUCAUUUAUUAUCAUCGUCAUUAUGGUUUUGUUCUACAUAAGAUUCAGAAGAAAGCAGAAGAAAGAGGAUAACUCUUUUGAAAGUGACGAUAACCAUUCAUUCAAUUUAUUUUCUGAAGAGAUACAUAAAGGGUCCAAUCAUUCGAGUUCUAAGAGUAAUUCCUUCAAAAGAGAAGAUAUGGAACGUCACCAGAAACUGAUUGAAUUAGGAAGUGUCAGUGAAGAAGGUCUGCCUGUAAGAGAUCAAGAAAGUGAUACAAAAGUUGUACAAGAGAGAGAUCUCGGUACACCGGGUACUCCUGGCACACCUGGAAUUGCACCAACUUAUGCUCAAGGUACUCCAGGAACCCCAGGUACUUUCAGUAGUACAUUCAAUGGACCCAAACAUAGUAAAAAUAAUUCCGUAUAUGACUUUUAUGAAACAUUCAUCCCCAUACUACCACCUAAAAAGAAUUCCAAUUCUCAGGUUUCAACCUCCCAGAAUUCUUCUUUAUCCAACUUCAACAUUCUUCAUUUGAAUCUGGAUAAAGAGAAAGACAAAGAAAGGGAUAAAGAAGAUCAAGACCAAUUAGAUAAUUUGGCCAAACAAUUGAAUAACCAUUUUGAAAAACUCCCUACUUCAUUAUCCAAGAAACCUUUCAAUGGAGAAAGAGAUUUGAAAUACUCCAAUGACAAAUACAAGGAAAGUAAAGAAAGUGUAGGUAAAGCGGAUGAUCCUAAUAAGGACAACAAAUUAUCUAAUAUUCUUGGAGGUAAUUUUGAUAAUUCCUUCCAGAAUGAGAACAACGAACUGGGUUUAGAUGUUGUGUUCAAAUGA